AUGAGGACUUCCACCACUCUGCUCGCAUUGAGCGCCGCUGCGGGCGCUGCUCAGGCCGUCGACAUCUCUAGCGUUGAAUCUUCGGCUCUUGCUUUGCUUUCAUCAAGCUGCCGAAGUGCGUAUCAGAACCUCACUGAUGCCCAAUCGGACAUUGGCAAGUGCUUGAAGACUCAAGCCAUCGGCAGUCUCUUGCAAAGCAAGGGCUCCAUCAUCCCCGGCGUCAACUCCUACCUCAACAACAUUUGCGCCGACGACCCUUGUUCUUCCGACGCUCUUGCCAACGCCACUCAGACUAUCCAGACCGAGUGUGCCAGUGACUUGACCAAUUAUGGGUGGCCCAACGAGACUGUUCAGUACCUCGUUUCCAGCUACCCCUUGGCUCGAGAGGUGUUCUGCUUGAAGACUACCGACCCUAACCAGUUCAACGCUUCGCUCGCCUCCAACGCCACCACCUCUAGCAACUCUACUGCCUCUGGUGUUUCUUCCAGCUCUUCAUCGGCUGCCGGAAACGCGACCGCCCCGGUCUCUUCUGCAUCCACCGCGGUCUCUUCUGCUUCUAGCUCUGCCGAGUCUCUUUCCAGCUCUGUGACCGGCUCUGUCAACUCUGCUGCCGCUUCUGUUGCCCGACGACAGGAGGCUUCCGACAGUGCCACCACUGCUAGCGCUUCUUUGACUGGUGACGACGCUUCCGGCCCUACCCCCACCGCGUCUUCAUCGGCUUCAUCCGUUAGCGAGUCAUCCUCAGCCAGCGACACUGCUUCCGUCACGUCUUCCGCCGCCGCCGGUGUUUCUUCUGCCAACUCCACUACCGCUGGCAACUCGACCUCGGCCGGAAACUCAACUUCCAACUCUACUUCCGAGGACACUGGCUCUUUCUGCGUCAUCUCCGUCUUGGAGGAAGCCUUCUCUUACUUGGGCUACAACUUGAGCGUCUCCGACAUUGCCACCAUUGUCAUUGGCGGUAACGCUUCUGCUGUCCAGACUCUCUUGGCCAUCCCUCCCAGCGCCCUCUGCUCUGACUGCGUCUUUGGCGCUCUUGACUUGGUCGAGACUGAGCUUCCCGACUUUGGUACUUGGGUCACGGUCGACAAUGUUACUUUGAACAGCUACCUCGACACUACUUGCACCGCCACUGGUCUUAACGUUUCUUCCAACGGUACUCUCCCUACCAACGUCACCUCCGGUACCUCCAACUCUUCCUUCGGUCACUCUUUCGUGAACGGUACGGCGACUUACGUCCCCACCUCCACUGCCCCUGCCAUCCCUGCUGCCUCCAUCCUCGGCGCUUCCGGCAACGUGACCGUCGGUAACACCACCUUUGGUUUCGGCAACAACAUCACUGCCAAUGAGACCUUCUCCACCUCUAUCGGUACCAACGGUACUUCUAGCACCGUUGGAGCCGUUGGAUCUGCUGCCGAGUCUGCUACCAGCGCUGCUGGAUCUGCCACCAGUGCGGUUGAGAGCAGGCUUUCUUCUGUGACUGCUGGUUCUUCUAGCGCUGCGGACUCUGCUUCUGCUUCCGAGACUGCCAGCGCUACUGCUGCCGUUCGACGAGGCGACCCUGCGCUCAUCAAGGCCCGAUGGGUUGGUGAGCAGUAA